GAACAACAGAUCAAACCUACCUCUCCUGACACCAUGAGCUACUACAGCAGCUACUACCGAGGCCUGGGUUAUGGCUAUGGAGGCUUUGGAGGUCUAGGCUAUGGCUAUGGAGGCUAUGGCUGUGGAUGUAACAGCAUCCGCAGACUGGGCUGUGGCUGUGGUUAUGGAGGUUAUGGUUAUGGCUCCGGCUACGGAGGCUAUGGAUACGGCUCUGGCUAUGGAGGCUAUGGAUUUGGCUCUGGCUAUGGAAGCUACGGAUAUGGCUGCUGCCGCCCUUCAUGUUGUGGGCGAUAUGGGUUUUCCAGCUUCUACUGAAAU